AUGGCUGCUCAAGUUCAAUCAACCGAAAGCUGCUUACAGCUACCACUGUCUCUAAAGAUGGCGACCAAACGCCUUGAGCCCCAGCAUCUGGUUGUCAUUUCCGAUGGAAAGACCUCCUCGGAUGAUUCAUCACCACCCACGACUUCAGUGCCAGAUCUCCCUCAGGAUGUUUUCCUACUCAUUUUGGUCGGUUUGGAGGCAUGGGAUGUUUUGAGCUGCCAAAGAGUCUCUUCAUCAUGGCGCACGGCUUUUUCAAAGCCUGAGUAUCUGAGGGUCAUGCUACAGAAGUAUCCUAAUGCGAGGGAAGUUCGAUCUUUGGCACCGGAGAACCUUCAUUUUCAUGCUUCGGAACAUCAACCCAAAGUCGAUUGGAAGACCCUAUUUAAUUCCGUGGCUGUUCGCUACAAGCAUCUCUCGAAAGGCAAUGCCAGAAAGAUCAGCAAGUAUCCCAUGGCACCACUCGAGCAAUUAGGUGACUGGUUUCCUGUCGGUCAAUGGGAUUACCAUGAAUCACAACCAGGAGGUCGUCUGUACUACGAAACAGCAGCUAUACAUCUACAUAAAAUGGGGUCCAAGCCGUAUCUAUUCAGGCCGACAUUAUGGACAUAUGAUGAUGGACUGCUGGUUUAUGCCCCUGCUCAAUGCAUUGACGAUGAUGGUUUCCCACAUAUCCUCUCGCUCAUCGAUGUUGCGACCGGUGACAGAUAUCCGAUUCCGUUUGACAUCCGAGGGAAAAUAAUCCGCAACAUUCGUUUGAAAGAUGCAACUCUGGUGGUCGAAUGGGCAGAGAAGGACCCCUUUCACAAUCUCAAUGCCAUGGAACAGGUUAAUCGACAUUUCGCCAAUUGCUUCGAUGUGAAGAAAACAGGUGAUGAUUGGACUAUCACAUGGCGGUCGGAAUGGAAAAUGCAUUUCUUGGGUCUUCCACCCAAUUACCAUGAUCGAUUUUUCUCGACACACAAUUCUAACCAUUAUGCGGUGUAUUUCUGGCAACCUAAUAGAAGUAUGUACACUGGGGAUGAGGAGCUACCUAUUGAAUCCCUCUCUGUGUGGGACAUAUCGGCCCCCUCAGGCUAUCAACCAUCCACCGACCCAUCCGGCAAACUCCGCCCACCCGAGAAAGACGGGCCAUACAUCGUUUCUCGAUUCUCAUUCACCGACAUGGACUACAUGGGAAUACGGCAACACGCAAGCGUGUCGCUUAUGUCCAUCGACAUCGACUCGGACAGUCUCUCUCUCAUCGUGCGCGAAAACGCCGCCGUGGCAGGCCAGGGGUAUUUCGACCCGGCCGAGAGACUAUGGUGUGCGAAAACCACAACAUUCCCAUUCCACGGCAUGGGUCCCCGUCUGGUUCGCGAAUGGGAUGGAAAUCUACCUCCCUACCGUGGACAUUGCAGCAUGGAGAGCGCCGAUGUCGACGACGGCGAGAAUUGGUUCCUCCCUAUCAUGGAUGUGCUUGACCGUGACGCUCAUGUGAGGUUGAGCUUGGUCGAGACGUGCUUCACGAGUCAGAGCGUGGAGAAUAGAAUCAUCAUCAGGGUCAAAGUUGAAGAUCCGGAUGGAGAUGUUGAUGGUGGUGGUGGUGGUGAUGGUGAUGGUGAUGCCAAUACCGCCAGAUGGGUGCCGCUAGACGAUUCUCUGACCAAGAUCGUCGGUGGCAUGGGUCGGAUAGCAGGAGACGAGAGAUGGAUUAUUGGACAGAAUGAAAGGAUGGAACUUGUUGUGAUUGAAUUUUGA